AUGACAUCGAAUAUGAUGACGCAUACGCUUCCGCCAAAAGAAGACGCUGUCGAAGUGUCUUGGGAAAAGGGACAGAGAGUAGAAGCUAAAUUACGUGGGCAUGCAGAUUACGUGAAAUGUAUCGUGUUUCGUGCGCAUGACGAUGGUAGUUGCGACUUGGAAGCAGAAAAUGGUGAGCUGCUCAAGCGCAUACCGGGCGAUAACCUUCGAAAGCGUGCUAGCUCGCCGGUGAAAAAGCCAAUUCUCAUGAGCGACGAUGAACCGAUCCGUCCAAAGCGACCCUUGGUAAAAAGAGCAAGUGAACUUUCCGCGAGUGACGAUUCCUCUGCGCAACCCAACGUAAGAUUUAAGCAAGGACAGACAAUUGAAGCUAAGCGCAAUGGUAAGGAUUGCUACACUCCCGGUGUAGUCGCUCGAUGCCGGCUCAAUGGUUCCUACGACAUUGACUUCGACGAUGGUGAAAAGGUAUUUGCAAUACCUGCGGUUAACGUGCGCACGCUUGAUUCAGCACCAAGAUUCAAGAAAGAGACUACAUCAAAUACAAGAAUUAAAUCAAAAACAACUUUUAAGAUAGGCCAGCCUAUAGAGGCUCAGUACAAGGGCAAGAGCAAAUUCUACCCGGGCGUGAUCUCGCGCUGCCGUCUGAACGGCACGUACGACAUCGACUACGACGACGGCGAGAAGGAAACGGGCGUGGCGGCCGAGCUGAUCCGGCUGCUGGGCAAGAAGGGCGGCGGCGACAGCGACGACGACCCGAAGCAGAAGAAGUUCCGGGAGGGCGACAAGGUGGAGGCUCAGUACAAGGGCAAGAGCAAAUUCUACCCGGGCGUGAUCUCGCGCUGCCGUCUGAACGGCACGUACGACAUCGACUACGACGACGGCGAGAAGGAAACGGGCGUGGCGGCCGAGCUGAUCCGGCUGCUGGGCAAGAAGGGCGGCGGCGACAGCGACGACGACCCGAAGCAGAAGAAAGCAAAUUCUACCCGGGCGUGA